AAUCCUAGCAGACACGCUAGAGUGCACAUGCAGCACACACUUCAUCACCCUGAUGGCUUUUGUGUAAACUGCAGACUCUGCCUCUUCAUUUGUCUCCUCCUCUGUCUGUCCCUUCUCGGUGUUCCCUAUGCAGCCUUCCCUCCAUCACUCCCGGACAGCAUCUCUCCAUCCUCUGUUGCCUGGCAGCUUGGGUACCUAUCACACUAGAGUUAUAGUCUAUCAGUAGGGUAGCUUCUGACUUCUGUCCCAUUGUUAAAGGGCUGAAUAGAAAGGCGUCUGGGUCUCCUCUGUAGGAUAGUCCUUCUGUAAGGUGUCCAGAAUUCUUCUUUUGUUACAGCGGGAUAUACAGAUUUGCAGACCCUCCCCCAUGUGCUCUCUAUUCAUUCACAGGCAUCCUUUGGGCUCCUUACUAUUGUAGCUCAGCAUCCUGCACUACCUCUUUCAUUCUCUUUGUUCCUGGUCUCCCCUUAAAGAUGGUUUGAUGUUUCCUUCUCUACUCUGCAUCUCCCUCCCUUGACAGGCAUCCACGGGCCCCACAUCUCAACUGUCACCCAGUGGGUGCCAUGAUAUCCCCUAAAGAGAAGACCAAACCUCGCCCCCCAAAGGACAGCAUGACUCUCUUACCGUGCUUCUAUUUUGUGGAGCUUCCCAUUGUGGCCUCUUCCAUAGUAUCCCUGUACUUUCUGGAGCUGACCGACAUCUUCAGGCCCGCACAAGGUGGAUUUCAGUGUCAUGAUCGUUCACUCUCUAUGCCAUAUGUUGAGAGUAAUGAAGAGCUCAUUCCACUUCUCAUGCUGCUCAGUCUUGCGUUUGCUGCCCCAGCAGCCUCUAUAAUGCUUGGAGAGGGAGUCCUUUACUGUAUUCAGUCCAAACUGAAAGGUCAUGGUAGCUCUGAAGGAAGUAUUAAUGCAGGGGGUUGCAAUUUUAAUUCAUUUCUACGCAGGACGGUUCGAUUUGUGGGUGUUCAUGUCUUUGGUCUGUGUGCCACUGCAUUGGUCACCGAUGUCAUUCAGCUAGCCACUGGAUAUCAUGCUCCAUUCUUCCUCACAGUCUGUAAGCCUAACUACACAAGGCUUGGUACUUCAUGUGCAACAAACCCCUAUAUAACACAGGAUAUCUGCACUGGAAAUGACCAGCAUGCUAUUUUAUCAGCCAGGAAGACGUUCCCUUCACAACAUGCUACACUUUCGGCUUUUGCUGCUGUCUACGUAUCUAUGUAUUUUAACUCCAUCAUAACAGAUAGUACAAAACUUCUGAAACCAUUGCUGGUUUUCUCUUUUGCCAUUGCCGCUGGAGUGUGUGGACUGACCCAGAUUACACAGUACCGCAGUCAUCCAGUAGAUGUGUACGCAGGAUUUCUUAUUGGAGCAGGCAUCGCUGCUUAUUUAGCAUAUCAUGCUGUGGGUAAUUUUCGGGCAUCAUCUGAGGACUCUUUGCCAGCACCCCCAAGUAAAGAUGGUUUACGUGCUUUAACACAGCGUGGACAUGAGUCCGUAUAUCACCAGAACAAAUCCUCAAGCAAUGAUGAACUAUCUCCCCAUCCAGGUGGCCAGGCUACCCAGCGCCAAGUUCAGCGUGAGAAAAACUCUCUUGGCAGUCUAAAACGUGCCAGCGUGGAUGUUGACUUAUUAGCCCCUAGAAGUCCCAUGGGAAAGGAGAACAUGGUAACUUUUAGUAACACUCUGCCCCGAGUGAGUACCCCAUCCAUGGAGGACACUGCCCGUCGGCACAUGACUAUGCACAUGCCCACUGAAGGCUCUCGUCAGAGGACAGCAGGUCCUGAAUGGAAGCCAAAGCCUAUGGAAGGGCGUAGUUUGACACUUGGAGAGGAGGUUGCAUUAGCACAAGCCCAUAGAAGGGCUGCCUCUGAAACUUCUGGUAUUAUACUUGAUGAACCAGACCCUGACAGAAUUCCUUCAUCACUUUAUCCUACAGUUCAGGCUCGGGCAGGAGCUCCUCGGGUACUUAUUCAACCACGCCCUGCAGCCCCACCACUUCUACACAUCCCUGAAGAAAAUCAAACUGGUUCCCCAAAGAGCAGUUCAGCAAUUAGAGCCAAAUGGAUGAUGAUGGCUGAAAAAGGAGGGGCACCAAGAGCAGCUACAAACCCUCCAAGAUUAAUGCAAGUGAUUGCCAUGUCAAAACAACAGCAACAACAACAGCAGGCAACAGUUCUAGGCUCCAGUACUCCAAAACAUUCUGAAACAUCUUCUUCUUCUACAACCAGCAGUUCUGACUCAUCACAGUACCGUUCACCAUCAGAAAGGGAUAGUUCUAGCAUUGUCACAAUUGAUGCACAUGCUCCUCAUCACCCUGUUGUUCAUCUGUCUUCAGGCAACGGCCCAUGGGAGUGGAAGGCGGGACAAAAGGCUGGAGAUGCCCAAGAACCAGGAAGUUUUGACAUGAGCAAAGACUUUCGUGGCUACAGACCACCAAAGGGUGCUGGUGUGUCUCCAGGUUCUUCUAUUAGUGACCUAGAGCCUGAUCCUGAACCACGUUGUGGACCAACUGUCAAUGUUGCUGGAGGUGUGCCAACCCCUCUAAUAGCUGAGACUAUAGGCAUUUCUAGCCGAGAAGCUAGUCUAAGGAGGAAACCCCAAACAAGUGAAAGGGAGAGUAGUGAAGAAGUGGAAGAGCCAUUUUACAAGAAGAUUCAGAAUCAACGAUUUAAGGACUGAAAUAUGGAAGAGUUAAAAUGUAAAUAUGUUGGCAUGUUGGACAAAGGGAACUUAUACUACAUAAAACAGCAGCAAUCACUGCCCAAUUAGCAUGGAAGAAUUACUAUUGUACAGAAAGUGAUGUCAAAUCUCCAUGGAGACUUUACUGAAAUGACAUUUUGAACUCCAUGUAAAAACAUCGGUAUGAAAUACAUUUUCAUACAGUAAUGACUCAAGUUUUCUUCCUAAUUUGUGCAGCACAUUGAACUGGUUGCAACUAAUCAAGAAAUAUCUUGUUUUGCUUAUGAAAGAAGCAAUUGCAUCAAGAUGAUUUUUGUAACAUUUAUAGCUACAUAAGAGAACAGUUGACAAAUUCCUUGACAAAAUAGGAAUCUACAGGUCUCUCCAGGUCAACCAAGUUGUUUUUUUCUGCUAAAACUUGCUCUGGAAGAGAUGAUGCAGAUAACUGUGUGGUGUCCAUUUGGAGAUGCUCAUGAAAAUCACAGUUUUGUAAGCAACACAUUUUAGACGAAAGUGAUGAUUAAAACAAGGCUUGUGGAUAACGAGAGUGAUAACUUGAAGUUAUAAGGCACAAGUGGCUUUAUCCAGUAAUUAGGAACUGAAGCAUUCCAGAAAUAUAUAAGCUCAGAAGACCCCAAAACCUCUAGUGCAGGGAGUGUUUUACUCCUGUCUCUAAGAGGAUACAUUGUGUAAUUCUCAAAGGUGCUCAGUCUUUUUCAUGUUAGGAUCAAAGAUGUUAUUGUGCCAUUAGGAUUUUUCUGGCCACAAACAUAUGUGUCUUACAUUACGUGAUAGAAGUCCAUAUCGGACAUUAUGAGAAAACUUGUAAUAUUGAAUCCAAAUUGGGUCCUGACCCACAGGCUGCACUCCUUAUGGCAUGAAAGGGGUGUAUUCUGAACCAUUGUUUGAAGAAUUUGUACUCAAUUUCCAACAACCUUUUGUCCAAUUAAACAUUCUCACUUUUG